AUGUCCGCGAAUUACAACUACCCCUUGAUACGACCCAGGCCGCGACGCGGCCUGUCACUCCUAUGUGUCAUUGUAUGCCUUUUAUGUAGUCUGAUUCUGACCAUCUGGUAUGGCAUGAACUCCGACCGCGACUACAUUCACCCAAUCCUCACCCAACUCAUCCCCGCCGGCCACUGUGCCUGUCAAACCUCUACCACCUUUGAAUGCUCAACAUGUCUCUCCUGCCCUGAACCCGGCCUCCAACAACCCACCUCUCCCUCCCCCAGCUGGAAAUGGGAUUACCCGCGCGACGCUCCAAACGAAUCUUUCGACGAGACGCAAUGCCAAGCUGCUUUCCCAGGUCUAUUCGAGGAUGUGGCGCGUGGCGAGCGCUACUGGCGUGCGCAUGGCCGCCUCGCCACGGAGGACCUAGACGAGAUCCAUCUCCAGCAUGGUAUGGCGCGCGCCUUCAUUUCGCGCGGCCAUUUGCAUGUGGUUGCAGCGCGCGCAAAGGGUGAGGAUCAUCGCCGCAAAAUCUUGGGGGUGCUGAGUUCGAUCCACCGUGCGCUGGCCGCGGAUCGAGAACGAGUCUCCAAACGUGACAUUGAAUUUGUAUUUUCGGUAGAGGACAAGGUAGAAGAUGUCACAAGUCCUGAUCUACCUGUUUGGGUCUUUGCGCGCACUCCGGUGGAACAGGGAGUGUGGCUGAUGCCAGAUUUUAGUUUCUGGGCAUGGGACAACCCAAAUAACUAUAUUGGACCCUUUGAUCAGGUUGUGGACCGGAUCCAGCGAUCAGAUAUUCCCUGGGACGACAAGAAGCCCCAGUUGGUAUGGCGUGGCAAACCGAGCUUUGCUCCGAAGUUGCGCAGGGCCUUGAUCGAGGCGGCUCGGGAUCAAACAUGGGGGGAUGUGAAACAGGUGGAGUGGGCUACUGGGACCAAUGUGCUCAGGAUGGAGGACCACUGCCAGUAUAUGUUCAUUGCACAUGUUGAAGGACGUGCUUAUUCUGCAUCUCUCAAAUACCGACAAGCCUGCAACUCAGUGAUUGUCGCCCAUAAACUCCAAUAUAUCCAACAUCACCAUUACCUACUCGUCGCCAAUGGACCAUACCAAAACUAUGUCGAAGUGGAGCGCGAUUUCAGCGAUCUCUCCGAGAAGAUCGAGCCUCUAGUCGAGGACACGGAAGCCGCGCGCCGCAUUGCACAGAACAGCGCCAAGACUUUCCGAGAGCGAUACCUGACGCCAGCUGCGGAGGCUUGCUACUGGCGCUCCUUAUUCCAAGGCUACAGCAAUGUCUGGAACAGCAGCGUGAACCCAUGGUCUGACGACUAUGGCAGAGAGCGUGGCUUGCGAUAUGAAUCUUUUGUGCUGCUUGAGAGCUCACACAUGUAUGAGUUCCGAGCCGACGUAAUCUCAUCUGGCACUGCAUAA